GGCAGAUAGGCAGGCAGCACGAGGCGGGUUUCUCGAGCGCGAGACAACAGUAGAAAUCACCGUCAUACCGAGCCGUUGCAGAUUCUUCAUCUAUGUGUGUGCCUGAGCCCAUGCCAGGGGGGUGUGAGAUGGCAAUUAAUGGCCUCCAGUGGAGUUGAAGACUUGAGGAAUGGGGCAUCACGGCCAACCCUCAUCGUUCAAGCCAAGUCUGCUGUAGUCCAUUCACCCAAUGUUCGAGGGUCCUCCAACACUGAAAGAAAGAGAUCGCAAGGUGCUGCGGGUGAUUCGGUGUCUCAGCCUAAUGUGAGAGUUCUGUAUGAUCAGCCCUAUUGUGUCUCAGGGAUCCCCUCACAACGUGCCUAUCCACAUGUGCCUAUAGCCUCUUCCGCCUCAGGCGUAAUAGUCAACCGAGCACAGAGUACAAGUGCUAAUUCUUUAAAUGGUGCUAGUAACGGUUUAAGGGCAUACCAUCUUUUAUCUAAGAGCUUGCCACAUAUUAAUGCUGCUCCCACUGCAUGCCAUAGCUUCAGUCAAACAGAGCCGACUACCUACAACUGUCAACCUCACUGGAACCUUGCUUCAUUUAGGUUAAAGACAGGACUGCUAGGAAAACGGGCUUUUUCACCUCAGCUUUCUGUUUGUCCUGCCUGUCCCUCUCCACCUAAGUCCUUCUCUCAAAGAGCCUCGGUAGUAAUUGAUAAAACCAUGCCUGCUAAUCAGUCUUUGCCUUGGACGAGCAAUCAGCUCAGGGAUAACACCAAUGGAGUUGUACAGUCCCCCAAUGCCAAAAUUCCUUCAUACUCCAAACAAGAGACCUGUGACUUGCACAGCACUGCCACUAUUAAAUCUGGCUCUCACUGCAAUGGAACCAUUUGUAGAGGCCUCAUAGCUGAUGCAGCAAAACUUACCCAACCAACUUUGCAUUUGAAAGAUAAAUGCACAGAUGUGCUUUUGAAUCAUAGCAAGGCGGCCAAGGAUUUGCUUCAGCUUGAGAAGAUAUUACCGGAAAAUUGCAGAGAAAAAGUGCAUACCCUUGAAUGCAGUUCGGUGCCCGACACCGGUCAAGCUGCUGUGCUAAAACUCGCCAGAAACAAUGUACAUUCAAGACACAGGACACUCAAUGGCCUGAACAAGCAACCAGAAACCAACAUGAAACUUUUCAGCAGUUUAGGUGGUGAAAUAACCACAGGUAGUACUGCAACCAUCUGCCUUACUACUGAAGAUAAGGAAUCAUGUUUUGCACCCAUUGAAACCAACAGUGCCCAUGGUGCCAUUCCACAGAUAACAGGCCACAAUAUGGCCUCUCCUCAGUCACUGUCUGUGUACACGGUGACAAACCAGAUAUCUGCCAUUCACCUCACAAAGGAGGGGUUAUCUCAUGAGGACGCUAGUCUAUGCCCCAUGGAACUUAUAGGCGAGCAGGAUGAUGCUGAUGUUCAGAGACAAGAAAUGCUAAUAGAUGGUGAUGAGGAGGAGCUUCCGGAUAAGCUGGAGAAUAACUUCAGUGGCGAUGAUGACUCUGAUUGUGAUAUCUCCUCGACAACGUCCAUGGCAGCCUUGUCAAAUGUUGAGGAUCCUAUGAGUCCUGAUGUGGAGGGGGAUCUGGUGGAGAGAUCCGCUCUUGUGCCCAGUCUCUUCCCCCACAUGCCCCCCACCCUGUACUUCAGCACUUCCAAUGAAAGAGUGGAGCCGUUGCCUCUUGAACAGAGGAAGCUACUCAAAUGGAAGAUAACCACAGUCACUCCCAAUGUAGUGAAAAACACCAUCUCUAGAUCACACUUUAAAGCCACUAAAAAGAGUCAUGAUUGGCUGGGCUGCUGGGGUCACCAUAUGAAGUCACCAGGGUUUAAGGCCAUUAGAGAGUACCAGAAGCUGAACCACUUUCCAGGCUCAUUUCAGAUCGGGCGGAAGGACAGACUGUGGAGGAACCUAUCCAAUAUGCAGGCACGCUUUGGCAGGAGAGAGUUUGGCUUCUUCCCACGCUCUUUCAUUCUCCCACAGGAUAUCAAGCUUCUGAGGAAGGCCUGGGAGGAUGGAGGCAGCAAGCAGAAAUGGAUUGUCAAACCGCCUGCAUCUGCACGUGGAAUUGGCAUUCAGGUCAUUCACAAGUGGAACCAAAUGCCACGCAAGAGACCACUCCUUGUGCAGAAAUAUCUUCACAAGCCCUACCUCAUCAGUGGGAAUAAGUUUGAUCUACGCAUCUAUGUGUAUGUGACCGCUUACGACCCACUCCGUGUUUACAUCUUUAACGAUGGACUAGUCCGUUUUGCAAGCUGCAAGUACUCCCCUUCUAUGAAAACCCUCAGCAACAAGUUUAUGCACCUUACCAACUACAGUGUAAAUAAGAAGAACUCUGAGUAUCAGAGUAACAGCGAUGACAAGGCCUGUCAAGGCCAUAAAUGGGCUUUGAAGGCACUUUGGCAGUACCUGGGCUCUCAGGGAAUCAACACCACUCUCAUAUGGGAGAAGAUCAAAGAUAUGGUCAUCAAGACCAUCAUUGCGUCAGACCCAUAUGUGAACUCGCUGGUGAAGAUGCAUGUCAGUUCUCCCUAUAGCUGUCAUGAGCUAUUUGGCUUUGAUAUCAUGCUGGAUGAGAAUCUAAAGCCGUGGGUGCUGGAGGUGAAUAUCUCACCCAGCCUGCAUUCUAACACACCGCUGGAUGUCAGUAUUAAGGGUCAGAUGAUACGGGACCUACUGAACCUUGCUGGCUUUGUGUUGCCAUUGAGAGAAGACGUUGCUCCAUCCAGUUCCACUGCCAGCAGUUUAUGUGGAGAAGCACAAGAGAAAUGUAGAUCAGUCAUUUCAGUUGACGAGAAAGUAAAGAGAGCCUUUUAUCUGACUCAGCGCUUACGAGACCAGGAUUUCUUUGCCACAGUUCUGGACGUGCUGACACCUGAUGAUGUGCGUGUCCUGGCAGAGAGUGAGGACGAGUUGAGUCGUAAAGGAGAUUUUGAGCGAGUUUUUCCCUCUCACGCUUCCUCCCGCUACCUCCGCUUCUUUGAGCAACCGCGCUACCUCAACAUUCUCCUCAACCAAUGGGAGCAGAAAUACUGGCUCACCAGGAGCAAAGGUAUUAGUCUAUUAAAGGAUCUGUGUGAGAAGAAGGUGCACCUGGGUAACCUUGCAGAUUCUGUUCAUCACUGGUCUUCCAAGUCUUACCAUGGACACAGAUCUGACACCCACAGUUUAACAUCCUCCAGAUGUCAGCUGUCUGGAGUGGUGGUCAGUCAGAGAUCUGAUGCUGAAGAUGAUGACUGGUCUGAUCAUGAGGUUCAGUCAGUAUCUGCAAGUCUUCCAGACAUUAGCUUGUUGAGUACCAUUUGCCUGAGCCCCAGUCCCACCUCCAGCUCCAGUCUAGCCAGUGAUAGUCUGCCUCGCCACGAUGACCUUUGAGCUUGACCAUUAAACGCUGGCUUUCAAACAAUGCACAAGUAUAUGUACACAUG